AUGGACGUUUCAUUUCCUACGGGCUCACAGAUAGAGUCCGUCGAUUUUGGCGUUUUAUCUUCUAAAGAAAUUGAUCGCCUUUCUGUAAAACAUAUUACUUCACCUGAAGUAUUUGAUGCUUUGGGACAUCCCGUUCCGGGAGGUCUUUACGAUUUAGCACUUGGAGCUUUCCUCAAAAAUGUCUGCUCGACUUGUGGUCUUGACGAGCGAUUUUGCCCUGGCCAUAUGGGCCAUAUUGAUCUUCCUGUUCCCAUUUACAACCCUUUAUUCUUUUCACAGAUGUACGUUCUUCUUCGUGGAGCAUGUGUUUAUUGUCAUUCGUUUAAGCUUUCGCAUUCUUCGGCUCACAUUUAUGAAUCUAAACUUCGACUUAUUCAAUAUGGUCUGUUUCCGGAGAUUUCAGAGUUAGAAGCUUUGAUUGCUCAUGAAUCAUCUGGAAGUCAUUCUAUUGAAGAGAAUGGUGACUCAGAAUCUACUGAAAGUGAAGACAUUUUUGCUAUUCGCAAUGCUUUUGUGGAUAAGGUUAUUAAGAAAGCUAUUACUGAAGGGAGAACUACACACAGUGGUCUUAAUACUUCAGUGGUACAAGAAGAGCGUAGAAAACUCAUUCGUCAAUUCUAUCAAGAGAUUGUUGCUAAAGGAUCUUGUAAUAAUUGCCAUAUGGUUUGUCCCAAGUUUCGCAAAGAUGGGUUCUCUAAAAUUUUUGAGCUUGGAUUAUCCGAUAAGGAUUUUAAGGCCAACUCUGCCAAGGCUGUUACUCGAACAAGAACCAUUUUCCAAAAAGAACCUCGCAAGGGCGCAGUUCAAGUUCCUCAAAUUUCAUCUAAUCAAACACGAUAUAUUCUUUCCAGCGAGGUUUUGGAACUUCUUAAUUCUCUUUUUUUAAAUGAACGUACUCUUAUUGAAGUACUUUUUCAUUCUCGCCCCAAUGAUCCUGAACCAGUCACAGGAGAGAUGUUUUUUCUUCGUAAGCUUGUGGUCCCGCCUACCAAGUUUCGCCUUCCAUCUAAAGUCGGUGAUCAGAUUCACACAAAUCCUAAAAAUGAUUUACUUUCCGGUAUUAUCACUACAUCAUUGCGAAUUCGUGACCUUAAUCAGCGCAUGUCCAACCUCAAAUCUGAUGGAACUGAGUCUAAAGAACGCAAACAGACAUUUUCUCAGCUUAUGAAUUCUCUUGUUCAAAUUCAAAAUGAAGUGAAUGCUUUUUUGGAUUCUACAAAGUCUCAAAGUAGGUCAACAAAAGUUUUACCUGGUGUCAAACAAACUUUAGAGAAAAAGGAAGGUCUUUUUCGAAAGAAUAUGAUGGGAAAGCGUGUUAAUUAUGCAGCACGUUCUGUUAUUUCCCCUGACCCUAAUAUUGAAACAAAUGAAAUUGGUAUCCCUCCAGUUUUUGCAGUUAAUCUCACUUAUCCUGAGCCUGUAACUUCUUACAACUUCCAGGAAAUGCGACAAGCUGUUAUUAACGGCCCUAAUAUUUGGCCUGGUGCUACCGCGAUUGAAGAUGAAUCUGGUCAACUUAUCAAGCUUGCGAACAUGUCAGUGGAAGAACGUACAGCUCUUGCAAACCAACUUUUGACGCCUUCGUUGAAACGAUCAGUUGUAAACAAAAAGGUUUAUAGACAUAUUCGCAAUCAAGACGUUGUGCUCAUGAACAGACAACCUACACUCCACAAAGCUUCUAUGAUGGGACAUAAAGUUCGCGUUUUACCUGGCGAGAAAACCCUUCGUCUUCAUUAUGCAAAUACAGGUGCAUAUAAUGCUGAUUUCGAUGGUGAUGAAAUGAACAUGCAUUUCCCCCAAAAUGAGGCCGCUCGUGCUGAAGCUAUGAUGCUUGCAAACACUGAUUCUCAGUAUCUCACACCUACUUCAGGUAAGCCUCUUCGUGGUCUUAUUCAAGACCAUAUUUCGGCUGGUGUUAUUUUGACUAGCAAAGAUACCUUUUUUACAAGAGAAAAAUACCAGCAACUUAUUUACGGUUGCUUAAGACCUGAAGAUGGUCACAUCACUGGAAGCAAGAUUAUCACUGUUCCCCCAGCCAUCAUUAAGCCUGUUCCUUUGUGGACCGGUAAACAAGUUAUCACAACAGCUCUACUUAACAUUACACCCCAAGGCAGCCCUGGUUUGAAUUUGAAAUCGAAGAAUAAAAUCAAAAAUGAGUAUUGGGGAACAGGGUCUACAGAAAAUGAUGUUAUUUUUAAAGAUGGAAGUUUAAUCUGUGGUAUUUUGGACAAAUCUCAGUAUGGUGCAGCCGAUCAUGGUUUAGUUCAUUCUGUUCAUGAAAUUUAUGGCAGCCAUACGGCUGGCCAGCUCCUUUCAGUUCUUGGUCGUCUGUUUACUAGAUAUAUCACGUCAGUUGCAUUUACGUGUGGUAUGGAUGAUCUUCAUUUAACUGCUGAGGGUGAUUCUUGGAGAAAGGAGAUUCUUCGCAAUGCUGCUGAUGUUGGCAGAAAGGCUGCAGCAGAAGUAACCAAUUUAGAAGAAGAUGUUUCUGAGGACGAUCCCGAAUUUUUGCGAAGACUUGAAGAAAUUCUUCGUGAUGAUCAAAAGCUUGGUAUUCUUGAUGCUAUUACUCAAUCUAAGGUCAAUGCUGUUGCGACUAGUAUCGUCUCUAAGUGCGUUCCAGAAGGAACUGCGAAACGUUUCCCUAUUAAUUCUAUGCAGGCCAUGGCUUUAUCUGGUGCCAAGGGUUCUAAUGUCAACGUUUCCCAAAUCAUGUGUCUACUGGGACAGCAAGCUUUGGAAGGUCGCAGAGUUCCUGUCAUGGUUAGUGGCAAGACUCUACCAUCUUUUAAGCCAUUUGAAACACAUGCCAGAGCUGGCGGAUACAUUGCGCAGCGAUUUUUUUCUGGUGUUCGCCCUCAGGAAUACUACUUUCAUUGCAUGGCUGGCCGUGAAGGUUUAAUUGACACGGCUGUUAAAACAUCUCGUUCGGGAUAUUUACAACGUUGUCUCAUUAAACAACUUGAAGGUGUUCAAGUCAAUUAUGACAAUUCAGUUCGUGAUUCCGAUGGUGCUCUUAUUCAGUUCAUCUAUGGCGGCGAUGCUAUUGAUGUUGUCAAGGAAUCUCACUUAACUAACUUUAAGUUUUGUUACGACAAUUUCAACUCUUUACUUCUUCGACACAAGCCCCCUACGCUUGAAAAUAUGGACACUGAAGAAGCAGUUUCUUAUGCUAAGAAGGCACUCAAGCAUUUUAAGCGUCAUGCUGAUGAACCUCAUUAUGAGUUUGUUCCUAAGUAUGACCCUACAGUUUCUGUUUACAAUCCAGCCAAGUUCUUGGGUAGUGUUUCCAACGUUUUCCAAGAGAAACUCGACAAGUUCAUCAAAGACAAUUCCAGCCUUUUUUUGAAGGGCAGCAAUAGUCAAAUCACUGAAAAAAUGUUUCGCACACUCAUGCAACUUAAAUACAUGCAAUCGACUAUAGAUCCUGGUGAGGCAGUUGGAAUUAUUGCCUCGGAAUCUAUUGGUGAGCCUUCUACUCAAAUGACCCUUAACACUUUUCAUUUUGCUGGUCAUGGUGCUGCUAAUGUCACUCUCGGCAUUCCACGUAUGAGAGAAAUUAUUAUGACGGCCGCUGAAAAGAUCAUGACUCCUCAAAUGACUCUCCCUAUCCAAGAUUAUAUCACUGAUGAUCAGGCUGAUAUCUUUUGCAAGAGUGUUGGUCGUAUUUUACUUUCAGAGGUUGUCGAUAAAGUUACUGUUGUGGAAACUAGUACUGUUGGCACUGGUGUUAUCAAUCGUAAUUACAACGUUAGAUUCCAAUUCUUUUCUAAAGAUGAGUAUCAAAACGAAUACGAUAUUUCUGAUUUGCAAGUCCUUCAAUGUGUUUCUCGUUCAUUCCUUUCUACUCUUGAAGAUAAAAUUAAGAAGGAGUUUAAGAGAUUUGGUAAUACUGAUUCCAAUAUUGGGCAAGCCGUUCCUUCUAGUGAAUCUGCUAUAACCUAUCGCGAAAGUGGCUCAUCUUAUGCUGCUGAAGAGGAUGAUGAUGAAGAUCAAAAAUCAAAGAAAUCUCAGGCUGUUUCUUAUGAUGGUCCUGAUGAUGCAGAGCUGGAACUUAUGGAGAAAGCUAGCCAGACCUCGGAUGAAGAGGAUUCUGAUAUGGAUGAUGAUGAAGCCUCUGAUAAUGAAGGGGAGUCUAAUGGUGAUGCGGGGUUUAAGAUGGUCGAUCGAUCAGAGAUGUCUCAAGGAGCUAAGGCUCGUGAAAGCCUUAUUGUUGAGCGUCACAAAAAUGUUUCUCGUUUUAAUUUUGACGAUCUUAAUGGUGAAUGGUGCGAAUUUUCUUUAGAAUAUCCUGCCAAUACCCCAAAGAUUCUUCUCGUAAGCUUGAUUGAGGAGGUUUGCCGUCAAACUGUUAUUCGUGAAAUUCCAAAUAUUGGUCGUUGCUUGCACCCGUCAGCAGAUCAACAUGAUGGAAAACGGGUUCUUGUAACUGAAGGUGUCAACUUUAAGGCUUUAUGGGAUGAAGGUGACUUCAUUGAUGUGAAUGGAAUUCUUUCGAACGAUGUUUCCGCAGUUCUUAAGACAUAUGGUGUUGAAGCUGCUCGCAACACUAUUGUCCGUGAAAUUAAUAAUGUUUUCAAGACUUAUGCAAUUUCUGUCAACUUGCGUCAUUUGGAUCUUAUUGCUGAUAUGAUGACCAGAGAUGGUACAUAUCUUGCAUUUAAUAGAUUUGGCAUGAGUUCAAUGACGUCGCCAUUUUUGAAGAUGUCAUUUGAAACCACUUGCAGCUUCCUGACUUCUACAGUGUUGGAUUCUGGAUUUGACCCUCUUGAUUCUCCUAGUGCUAGAAUUGUUGUAGGUAAGGCCGCUAAGGUCGGUACAGGCUCUUUUGAUGUUUUGACGCCUCUUCCAGAGAUAUGA